GAAUCACAUCAAUAUGUUCAAGUAACGCGUUAUCAUCAGACGGACGUCCGUUAUACAUAACGAGUGAACAUUACCCAGGAUUGACCACUGGCAAUGCUACGUGCUCUUGUUCCGUUGAGGUGUACGACUGCUCAGCUAACAUCAACAUUUAUAUACUCGAUGCAGAUAUGUACUUGGACACAAAUGUCUGUGAGCAGAGUAUACAAAUCACUGAUGGGGCAAGUACUUCAUUAAAAGAGAUCAACUGUGAGAGUUACUAUGGAUCAGCCAUUGAAUGGGACACUCUUAGUACACAUUAUUUGAAAAUAAAAUUUCUUGACCAGUCAACGCAAAACCAGGAGGGAUACUUUCUUCUGGGAUUUGCAGUUUCUGAUUCCAAUGCCACAUUCAGCCUAAGCUGUACGUCUGAAACAGAGUCAUGGUGUAUCGAUUGCGGCUCAUUGCCAACAAUUUCAUUCGGACGGCUGCAACUUAUUGAUGGCAGUAAUAGUGGAUAUGACGCCAAGGCGCAAGUUGUUUGUGACCUUGGUUAUGAAGCCGAGAUAUCAACGAUUAAAUGUUUAGCAAAUGCUACGUGGGAAGAUUCAGCUGUGUGUUCAGUAAAAGACUGUGGAACAUCGUUUGCAAUAAACUUUGGAAACGCAACGCUUAACGAUGUAAGCAACUCAGCCUACGGUGCAACAGCAACUGUGACUUGCGAUCACGGAUAUAACGCUACUAAAGAAACAAUCACUUGUGCGGAAACAGGGUCCUGGGAUACAGCGGAAUGCGAACCAGUUGAUUGCGGCUCAUUGCCAACAAUUUCAUUCGGACGGCUGCAACUUAUUGAUGGCAGUAAUAGUGGAUAUGACGCCAAGGCAGAAGUUGUUUGUGACCUUGGUUAUGAAGCCGAGUUAUCCACGAUUAAAUGUUUAGCAAAUGCUACGUGGGAAGAUUCAGCUGUGUGUUCAGUAAAAGACUGUGGAACAUCGUUUGUAAUGAAUUAUGGCAAUGCAAUGCUUAACGAGGUAAGUAACUCAACCUACGGUGCAACAGCAACAGUGACUUGCGAUCACGGAUAUACCGCUACAAAAGAAACAAUCACUUGUGCAGAAACAGGGUCUUGGGAUACAGCAGAAUGCAAACCAGUAGAUGGUAGCAAUGGAGAGGAUCAUUCGGAAAACACAGAUGAAAGCAGAGUAAAAGAUGGAGGUUUAGCACCUGGAAUUAUAGCUGCCAUUGUCAUAGCCUCGAUCCUGGUUGUCAUUGUCGUUGUCAUUGUUGUUGCAAUCCUAUAUGCAAAAUGUAGCAAGAGUCAAGAUAUUUCUCCAGUUAGCGAUGAAAAAGAUGUACCGCUUCAUAAACAAACUGAUGAAACAGUUCAGCGUCAGGUGAUGUCACGGAAAGAAAGUUAUAUGUUUUCAAACAGGUAAUAGAAUUGUUGACA